AUGCUGUGGAGAGCGCUCGUCUGCUGCCUCGUGAUUCUGGCCACCACGAAGUCUCUGCUGGCCCAUCCACUCACACACCUGGUGGAGAUGUCCUACGCCGGACCAGUUAAAAAAAUACUUCUCGUUCUCUACAUCACUGCAGAGUCUGUAGAGGAGGACCGAGACAAACUGGACCUGGCUGACAGUGCAUACCUGUCCCAAGAGACUCCUGGCUUUGGCUAUCCCUCACUGUUCACUGGGGAGAUGAACAGAGAUGGCCUUCAGACAGCAGGAUUCAGCCCCGGACAGGCUGUUAAAGAGCUCAUGUUGGAGAAGCCAGUGUUGAAUCCACUGAGCCGCUUCUUUGGAAGCAGAAGACUGUAUAGGAAACGGGGGACGAACACGGAAUGUUUCUGGAAGUACUGUGUCUGACCAGACACACUGGCAUGGAGCGAGGGAGAAACACUCAAAAAUAGAAUCAAUGCAUUAAUACAUAGAUAGAUAGAUAGGUAGAUAAAUAUAUAGAUAGAAAGAUAGGUAGAUAGAUAGAUGGAUAGAUAGGUAGAUAGAUAGGUAGAUAUACAGAUAGAUAGAUAGAUAGAUAGAUAGAUAGG